GCUAUCUACUGGUCGUGUACGGUAGCUUCUGGCGGUCAAGACGACAACACAAGCGCAACGAGGGACACGCGUAACGCAACAAUGGCGACCUGAGAAGAACCGUGGCGUGUGCUCCAUUGCUCAGUUCUACGCAUCGAGAAAGUGCGAGUGUGUGUUUACCGCGACCGUGUACGCGCAUCUGUGAAUGCGUAGCUUGUUCGUGCCAUUAGGAAAUGCGUUACCCACGAAACUCAAACCGAUAUUGUGCACAGACGGUCUAUUGCUCGUCUCGUUGAGGCCAGCAGCAGUCAGACAGCGAGCAGCGACACAGCGCCGAUUCAUGGUGCUGGUGUACUCCGCCGAAAAAACGGCUGUGCCAUGCUCAACCACGCGUCGUCGCGCCCAUUAUAAUGCUCUGUGGGUCAGCAAUACUUAGUUGCCACAAAAAUCCAGUGGUGCUGGCAUGAUAAAAUAAGGGAAGCGAACGAAGGAAAUGAGCCAUAAUAUUACGGGCAUGCCACCCUUUACAAGGAUGCAAUUGGGGGGUGUAGCAAUGGGUAUGAACAUGGGCCCGAAUGCCCCACAUCCCGAUACUUCUACACACCCCCAUCCACCACCGCCACCACCAGCUGGUCCUAAUCCUAAAAAGAAGAGACGUACAAAUGCAAGUGUUGCUCAGCCACCCCCACAACCAUCUCCAUCUGUACAGGAUUUACUACCGCCACCUUUAACAGGUUACGGUGAUACAAUAGUAGCGAGUAAUCCUUUCGAUGAUACACCACCACCAAGCACACCGAGCCCAAUGAUGCAUGGUGGACCUCCUCAUAUGCAUCCCCAUCAUCCACAUCAUAUGGGUGGCCCUCCUAUACGAGGCAUGAGUCCCCUAACUUCGAUAGGUGGCAUGAGUCCUAUGAUGCCACACAACAUGGGCAAUAUGAGCCCCAUGGGUAAUUCACCCAUGACAAAUCACAUGAAUCACAUGGGUGCCAUGUCUCCCAUGAACCAUGCUCCUAUUGGCGGCAUGAGCCCUAUGAAUAAUAUGGGCCCGAACAUGCCCCCCGGUCCAAUGAACACCAUGAACAAUCAUAUGAAUAUGAGCCAUAUGGGUAAUUCGCAAUUAAGUGGUCCACCGAUGGGUAGUCCGAUGAACAAUAUGAACAGCGGGCCUAUGGGUAGUCCGAUGAACAACAUGGGUCACAAUAUGGGCAGCCCUAUGGGUGGUCCUCUUGGUUCUCCGAUGAACACCAUGGGAGGAUCCAAUCAUAUGCCUAAUGGACCAAUGAACAUGAACAACAUGAACAGCCAUAUACCGCCCAACAGUCCGUUAAACGGGCCGUCACUUAACAAUGUAAACAGUCCGUUAGGACAUAAUGGAUCUCAACCUCAUCCAAAUCACAUGGCAAAUAAUCUUAACAACAUAGGAAGACCUAUGAACGGACCUAUGACUACCAUGAAUUCAAUGGCAUCGAAUAAUAUGAAUAUAACCGGACCGAAUCAGAUAAACAAUAUGAAUAUGGCUGGUCCGGCGAUGAACAAUAUGUCUAAUAUGAAUAUUAGUCAUCACAAUCAAAUGGGUGGUCACAUGGCAGGACCGAUGGGUACGAUGUCCAAUAAUAUGGGUGGUGGACCACCCAUGGGACAUCCCAUUAAUCCCAUGGGAAGUUCUAUGCCGCCGCAUGGGUUUCAGGGUCCACCAGGAAUGGGUCCAAAACCAAUGCCAAUUUCUGCUGGCAAGAUAUAUCCUCCAGACCAAUCAAUGGUAUUUAAUCCACAAAAUCCUAAUGCGCCACCAAUUUAUCCUUGUGGAGUUUGUCAUAAAGAGGUGCAUGAUAAUGAUCAGGCAAUUCUGUGCGAAUCGGGUUGUAAUUUUUGGUUUCACAGGGAUAACGCGAUUGUUUCAGGGGUUGCACAGGAUUGUCGGAGCACGCCUAUCAAUUAUUAACAGCAGAGGUCUAUGCAGAAUGGGCGUGUGAUAAAUGUUUGCAAUCGAAAAACAUACCCCUGGUUAAGUUUAAACCAUAACAUUUUGUGUCUCGUCGUUCAUGCGACGCUCGAAUGACUCUUUGUUAGCGUUUAUAUAUGGUACACAAGUGCGAUUGUGCACACACAUAACACAUACACAGUCAUACAACAUACAGAGAGAGACAGAGAGACACAUUCAUAGCACUAACGUGGUAAAUACUAAUGCACGGGCGAAGUCGUGCGUACAAUAUAAAAAUACGCUGUUUGUUAAUACUUACAAUUAGCUUUAACUUGUUGAAAUAUUAGGGUAUCAUUGUAAGUCAUAUUAAUGAAUAUCAAGACAGAAAUAACAUGUUUAGAAGUUAUUUUAAAUUUUGAAUCUGUUUAUGGCAAAUGGAUUCAUAAAAAAUAUUUAAUUAACAUAAUUUGAGGUU